AUGCUCCCCCCAUUUCUAACGGUAACCAGCAGGGCUCUUCGCCGUAUUCCACGGCACGCUGUCUACUAUCACAAAUCCGCGAAGGAGGUCACCGUGACUUUAGACGGUCAAACAUUGUACAUUGGGCAAGAAGUCGCGGAAGCCCUAGGAUGGAAACCAGGUACCUCAACUGAAGGGGUGUCUCUUCGACUGAGUGGUUGGAGACCUCAUUAUUUUGCUAUAACCGAGAGAGCCACUGAUGCAGAUCACCUUGCUCGUGGCACGAUAGAGAGCAGCAGGAACCCUCGAGUCCAGGGAGUGCUCGAAUACCUGAAAAAGUCGGAUUCGUCUUAA